AUGGACACGGCAACGCCUGAACUCGGUCGCAAUGACCUUUUAUUCAUUAAAAAGCAGCUGAAAGCCGCAGAGAGCAAGGUUCUGUACCUCAGCAGCGAGCGUGAAGCCCUCAAGCGGCUCGUAACGGACUAUGAAGGCCAACGCCAGGCGGCGCUGGACGCGCUGCGCGAUUACCGCGAGGUGUCAGACGCCUCCGCGGCAGCCCACGCGGAGCAGGAGGCGGCGCUGCGUUCGCGCAUUACAGAGCUUGAGAAGCAGGCCGGCACCACCCAGCGCGUCAGGACGAGCCUGCAUGCGACGACGGCGGAGCUGGAGGCGACGCAGGUCGAGGUCGAGCGCGUGACCGCGCAGCUGCAGGACGAGCAGGCCGCCGCCGCCGAGCGCGCGGCGGCGCGCCAGCAGCUGCAGCAGAUUGCCGCGGGCAAGAGCCAGCUCGCAGAGGCGCAGCAGGCGCUGGCAGACAAGGAGCGGGAGCUCGAGCGCAAGCAGUUUGACCUGGACAAGGCUCAGGGGGAGGUGGGCCGGCUGCGGGCCCGCGCGGAAGCCGAGCAGGCGCGGCUCGACGCGCGAGAGGCGCGCCUGGCCGCGCUCGAGGUCGCGCUUCAGGUGAGGCGGCGGGCACAUUGGACGGCGGGCGGCCGGUUGACGCGUGCUUGA